GCUGAUAAUGCAUGGAGCGUACGCUUACCUAGUCGUUCACUUUGGAGAUUUUUCAUUUUUUGAGAUGGUCCUUCCGGUGUCCUCAAUUGGAUUUCUUCUCUCGGCCCUUGUUUCUGUUUGUGUACAAGGAAUAUUUGUCGUCAAAGCACAAAGACUCAGCGAAACGAGAUCAAGGGUGCUCCCCUCGCUCUGGAUCCCUUUGGCUCUUUUUGAAGUGGGGGCUGCAAUUUAUUGUGUCGCUGAGAGUUUUCAAAGUGGGAAGAAUGUUUUCUUUACCGCAUCGCUGAAGGGAAUCGUGGUUUCUUAUCUUGCCGUCAUGGCAUUUGUUAAUAUUGCGACUGCAUUUUUUUUGGCCAAAUAUUUGCGCAUGUUGCACAGACAAGCCAUGACGUUUGCAUUGAGCGACAUGAUCUAUCGCUUGAUCGUUUUCUCAGUGUUGAGUGGAAUUUGGACCACUUUAUUCGCUAUUCUCGACAUGGUUACAUAUCUUGGCUUUCCAAAUACUGCGGUGUACGUCUUGUUUGACUUACCUCUUUGUUCGCUAUACUGCAAUACCCUCCUUGUGAGCCUCAACUCGCGGGAUAGUGGGUCUGCCGCAUCGAUCAAAGAAUUGUCUACAUUCAAAGCUGCAUCGCGACCAGUCAUCAUAUCAGUGGAGAGGGCACGCAGUAGCAAUUUUAGUGACGACAGAGAAAGCAUUUGUAUGAGUGAUUUAGACAUAGUGUAAUUGUUACGAAUGGACAAAACUUCAGAAGAUAUCCUCAUAAUCAUCUCCGAUCUCCAAAUACCUCCUGACGUCUUGUGCGUCCAUCCCAGUUUGGCGAGUGAAAUGUGAAAGAAGGAUGGAAUAGUUGU